ACACGAGUCUCUAUGGUAGAGUGGGCGGAGCUAGGGGGAAGAUGGCGGCGGCCGCAGCUACCUCUGCACCGCAGGCUUCGGGGAGUCCUCGGCCCGCAGUGUGUUUGCUGGUGUUGGGAAUGGCGGGAUCUGGGAAAACCACCUUUGUUCAGAGGCUCACCGGGCACCUGCAUAGCCAAGGCUCUCCACCUUAUGUGAUCAAUCUGGACCCAGCUGUGCAUGAAGUCCCCUUUCCUGCCAAUAUUGAUAUUCGUGACACUGUGAAGUAUAAAGAAGUAAUGAAACAGUAUGGACUUGGGCCCAAUGGUGGCAUAGUGACCUCACUCAAUCUCUUUGCUACCAGAUUUGAUCAGGUGAUGAAAUUUAUUGAGAAAGCCCAGAACAUGUCUAAAUAUGUCUUGAUUGACACACCUGGACAGAUUGAGGUGUUCACCUGGUCAGCUUCUGGGACAAUCAUCACUGAGGCCCUGGCAUCCUCAUUUCCAACGAUUGUCAUUUAUGUAAUGGAUACAUCAAGAAGUACCAGCCCAGUGACCUUCAUGUCCAAUAUGCUCUAUGCUUGCAGCAUCUUGUAUAAAACCAAGCUUCCUUUCAUUGUGGUCAUGAACAAAACUGACAUCAUUGAUCACAGCUUUGCAGUGGAAUGGAUGCAAGAUUUUGAGGCUUUCCAAGAUGCCUUGAAUCAGGAGACUACAUAUGUCAGUAACCUGACUCGUUCAAUGAGCCUGGUUUUAGAUGAGUUUUACAGCUCACUUAGGGUGGUGGGUGUGUCUGCUGUUCUGGGUACAGGCUUAGAUGAACUCUUUGUGCAAGUCACCAGUGCUGCAGAAGAAUAUGAGAGAGAGUAUCGUCCUGAAUAUGAACGUCUGAAGAAAUCACUGGCCAGUGCACAGAGCCAGCAGCAGAAAGAACAACUGGAACGCCUUCAGAAAGAUAUGGGUUCUGUAGCCUUGGGCACAGGGACUGCUGCAGAUUAACAGAAAAGUUGCAUGACUAGUAUAAGAAUUACAAUAUGCCUUUUAACCAGAUUCCCAAAAUGUUAACAUCAUAUCACAUUUACCUUAUUCUUUCUCUGAUGUUCUCAUAUAUAUGUAUGGCUUUAUAUAAAUAUAUAUAUUUAGAAAUAUAAAAUAUUCAUAUGGUAUAUAUUCUGUUUUUUCUGAAUCAUUUAAGAGUAAGUUGCAGACAUGAUGCUCCUUUACCUUAAAUACUUCAGUGCAUAUUUCCUAAAAACAAGGAUAUUAUUUUAUAUAGCCUAAUUAUAGUUAUCAAAAAUUAGGAAAUUAACAUUGACACAUUACAGUUAUCUAAUGUAGAGUCCUUACUUAGAUGUAGCUAUUUGCCUUCUAUAGCAGGAGAAAAAUCUUGGCUCUCCCAUUGCAUUUAGUUGUCAUGUCUCUUAUUCUCCUUUAAACUGGAAUGUUCCUUAGUCUUUCUUUCUAUUUCAUGACAUGGUUGACAAGUGUACAGAACAUUUUAUAGAAUUUUCCUCACGAUUUGAUUCAGGUAUCUCAUUUUUGGCAGAACUUUACAGAUAAAGUUGUGUUUUUUCCAUUCAUAAUAUCAGGAGGCACAUGGUGGUCAUUUGUCUCAUUACUGGUGAUAUUUUGAUGACUUAAAAAGAUGUCUUCUGGGUUUUUUCAUUGUAAAGUUAUUUUUCACUUCAUAAUAAGUAUUUUGUGGGGUGAUGCUUUGAGACUAUAUGAAUAUCCUUUGAAUUUUUAAAUGUUUACCCACCAAUUUUAAUAUCCAUUAUUAUAAUAGGGACAGUGUCCAUUGUCCCAUGAUAUAUGUUGCAAAUAUUUUCUCCCUGUUUGUGAAUUUUUUUUUUUUUUGACUUUGUUCAUGGUAUUUGCCAUGCAGAAGUUUUUGUUUUCUUUUGAGGUAGUCAAAUUUAUCUCCUCUUUUAUUACAGCUGGGUUUUGAGUCAUAGUUGGGAAUCUGUUGCAUAUACUUACAUUAAAGAGCAAUUCACUUGUGUUUCACUGUAGUACUUGUAUGGUUUCCUUUUCUACGUUUAGAUCCCUGAUCCUUUAGAGUUUAUUGCCAGGUAUGGUGUGAGGUAUAGGUCUAUGUUACCUUUCUCAUAAAUAGUUUUACUGUUCCUUUGCCUCACUGAUCUGAGGUGUUACCUGUAUCAUGUACUAAAGUUCCAUGUGUACUUGACUCUAUGUCUGAACUUCCUGUUUUAUUCUUCUGGACCAUUACGUGCUUGUACCAUGCUGUUAAAAUAAUGUAGAGCCUUUAUUAUAUGUUCUAAUGUGUGCUACACCUAAUGUCCCUCAUACUUUUCCUUUUUAGUGUUUCCCUGGAUUUUCUUACAUGUAUAUUUUCUCACAUGAACUUUACUAUCAACUUACUUAGCUUGCUAAGAAAGCUUUUUGGUGUUUUUAAUUGGGGUUAUGUUAUGUUCAUUAAUUUAGGGAGAACUGACAACUCUAUGUAGAGUCUUCCUAAACAAGGACAAGAACGUGCAUUUAUUUGUCAAGUCUGCUUUUGUGUCUUUCAGGUCUUUAUGCAUGUGGGUUUUGCGUUUUUCUUGUUAAAUUCAUUCCAGUUAUUUUAGUGUUGAAAAUGGGAUUAUUGAGAACCAUUAUAUUUUCUAACUGGUUAUGUUUGUGUAUAUGAAGGCUUUUAAUUUGUUUGUAUUAGUCUUUUUAUCCUGUCAUUUCACUGGAAUUUUUAAUUACGUUAACUUUGUUAUUGAUACUUAGGGGUUUCUAGGCUGCUGCUUUUAUUUGAAUAUACACAUCCCUACCCAGACAUGCUUAUUAAUGGACUGGCUUUUAAAGGAGUGAAGUUCUGUUCAUGAAAGCUAUUUCUGUACAUUUAGUAGAAAACAGCAAAGCCACUUGGAGACGGAGAUGCCAGAAACUGGCUGGGUUUACCUGUUGAGUGUACUUGCCCCUGCCAUCCUUUUCGCACACCCCAGCAACAUAAAUUUCUGUGUGCUGUGGUCCUUUGGAAUCCCUUAUGAAUAUGUGAAGUGGCAAAUGUAAAAUCUGCCACAAAGGGUCUUCUGUACUCAGAUAACUGUUAAAGGUUGGGAGAGUUUAAAUUCUUUGAGAAAAAUCAUAGUUGUAUAAUUUUUAGUUGGGCGCAGAGGGAAGCAUGACUGUCAGCACACCAUGUCAUCCUCUUUUGGAGUGACUGGCCCCUUGAGAUUUGUGCCCCUUGAAGUUGCUGCUUUUGACCACCCUUAUUCCCCCGCUGAGCUCUCUCAGACCCCUUAGGCUCCUGAAGAGAGUGGUCAUGUCCUUUGGCUUUUAGGUUUUCAUUAGAGCCCAAGCCUGACAGGCUGAAUCCCUUGCCCUGGAAUUACUAGAUUAGACUUUUUCCUGAUAAUUGGAGCUCAGCCCUUAUUCAGGGGAUUUACCUUUGUUAGUAUAUUCGAUUUUCCAUUUUAUCCCCCUCCCGCUUUUUCUUGUGUAAUACACUGGCUCCUCUACUCACUAGGAUUUCACCCUCUAUUCUCUUCAGACCCUCUCUGAACUUAAGUUUCCACCCAGAAUUUUCUUUAGCAGUCCACAUCUUUACCCUGACACAUCAGUGUACUGGAUCUGCUCAAAUGUCUUCGGCCUUCGUAGGAAAAACAGCCUCUUCCAAGCUGUGAGCUGCCAGAAAUGAAUGAUGUUAGUACCAAGACAAGCUACUUGAGAAUUCUUUUCCUCAGCUUAAAAAUUGGGUCUUUUGGGUUAUUGGGAUCAUGAAAGCACUUUGUGAACUAUACUACUGUAAAAAUGUUAAGUGGUAUUAAUAAAACAUUUAGAAGAGGUAAGAUUCUGCAUUUAUUUUAUGACCACUUUUAUACUGCCAGUUUAUAAUAAUAAUUACUUAUUGAUUCAAAUCACCUCUUUGAGGAAGCAUACUUCAUGACGUGCUACUGAUAGGUGUUUUCUCUGUAGAAACCUUAUCUCCUAUGCGGGACCCCUCUGAUUUGAUCCUGUCUCGGGGAACCUUGGAUGAAGAGGAUGAGGAAGCAGAUAGUGA